UUUGGAUCAUAUGACCGAGAAAGUUUUGCCAGACGCAAACGACAUCAUGGCACAUUGGCAGUCCGUCUGACCACUUACAUGGCAGCUUGCCAGCGCGUUCCUUUCAUAGAUUUUCUAUGAUCUCUACAGGAUGCUCUAAUACUAACUGUAUACAUGCUGUUUCACCCCUCCCAUAAAAGCUUCAUCUCCUAAGACAUCGCACUCCCGCAUUUACUCCCCAUCAUGCUCUCACAUACUGUUCUCCAUGGCCCUCGUAUACUGUCCCCCGCCGCAGCUUCAGCUUUGAAAGCACGUCGAACUCAGACGUUCAGGGCUUUUUACGCUACUAUUCGAAGUCUUCGACAACCUCCGCCCACUGUCGAGGUUGAUGAUCUCGACUCACCAGAUAAUGACUUUAUUCUCUCCCUCCUAAAAGCCAAUCCAUCCCUGCGGGAUACUAAAUCUUACCUCGCAAAUUUUGGCGUUCGUCCACAAACCCCGGAACCUGCCGACUCCAUUUUCCCAUCCACUCGUCCUUCGACGUCAUCGGUCCCGAAAGAAGCCCCAAAUAUAUCUGUCAACAAACAACCUGAGCAGCUUAAGCCUACCCCGGGCCCCAUCGUGUCUUCCAUCUUGGAUCCUGUCUACCGUCGCACCGCUCUCGUAAAACUCCAAGGUCCGUUCACAAAUAAGCAGCUUGACAGCAUCGCCCGGGGCAUGGUCUACCUCGAGAAGCUCGGACUUGUCAGCGUCAUCGUCGUCGAAAAUGAUAAUCUGGUCAGGGGAGAUGAUGGCGAGCGCUCCGCUAUCAUCGAAGAGAUCAUGCGAGUCGCGCGCCCCGUCCUGGGCACCGUUGUCCGACUGGGUCCUAAGCCAGAUGAUGAACUUCCCGAGCCUCACGAUUUUGUUCCCCCUGAAGCACAUGUCUUUCCCUCGGACCUUGUUGCUAUUCGUUCUGCUCUUCGCGCUGGGGAGAUUCCGGUUCUUCCACCAUUCGCCCUGGACUCCUUCUGCAGAUCAGUGCGGAUAGAUGCUAAUGACGUUCUCGGCGCCCUCGCUCGUGGCAUGGCAGAGGCAGCUGCGCUUGAUGAUAAUGGCAUGAAGUCAGGUUCAUGUGAUACCCAUGAAGACUACUCCCAAGAUAUCAACCUUGUCCCUAUGCGACUGAUGAUCAUCAGUCGGGAAGGAGGUGUCCCUUCUUAUGCUAGGGAAGGCUUCCCUCAUCUCCUCAUUAACGUCAACUCCGAGUAUGACUAUAUCCGCGAUACAUACGACCCAUCAUGGUACAAGGGAAAGCCCUCUUCGCUUUCAAAUUUAUCCCUCGCGCGUACCUGCUUAGCGUACAUGCCACCUACAUCAUCUGCCAUCAUGGUAUCUCACCGGUCACCCAGUUCCCUCAUCGCCAACCUCAUCACGAACAAGCCCGCUGUUAGCUCAAGCCUGCCUCAUGCACUUCUUCAGGGCAACCGAAAGCUCACGCGGGAUACGCCCACACUUCUGCGUCGCGGUCUGCCAAUCCAGGUCAUCCGCAGCCUUGCUGACGUUGACAAAACCAAGAUGAACAAUCUCUUGGAGAAAUCUUUCAAGCGCACCCUCGGUGCUGACGCUUUUUACAGGCGCCUAGAACAGACCCUCGACUUUGUCGUGGUCGCUGGAGAUUACGUCGGUGCCGCCAUUGUCACCAACGAGACUUCGCCCGAUUCCUCUGAACCCAUCUCAUAUCUCGACAAGUUUGCUGUAUUGCCUAGCCACCAGGGCGAUGGCACUGUCGACUUCUUGUGGGUUGCCCUUCACGACGAAUCUUACGGCCUCGGUCACCCGUUCUCCAUUAACCCCAACGGGGGCAAGGAGGGCAAGGGUGAAGGACGAGACCUUGUUUGGCGGAGUCGUGAUGACAACCCUGUAAACAAGUGGUACUUUGAGCGUAGCACCGGUCACAUGCGGAUGGGCUCUUGGGUCCUCUUCUGGUGUGAUGCUGAGAAACGCCUGAAAGUGGAGGAAGGACGUCGUGCUAAUGCCGGCCUUUCUUACAUAGAGGACUGGGAGGAAGGUCGCUUGUCACGAUGGGCAGACGUUGUUACAAAAAUUCCAUCUGCGUGGAAAUAGAUGUUUUUCACUUCAUACUGUAACGUUUCAAUAGCACCUGGUAGAUGUAUUGAAUUAAAAUACUCAA